UGCGUCUCUGUUCCGCCUGCUUUCAGACUGCCCGUUCCCAAGCUAGAAGAUACAAUUGGGAGAUACCUGAAUGCCCAGAAACCGCUUUUAAAUGAUGACCAGUUCAGGAAGACCGAAGAACUUGCUCAUCACUUUGAAAAAGGAGUUGGAAGAGAGCUCCAUGAGCAACUGAUUGCUCAAGACAAUCAGAACAAGCAUACCAGUUACAUCUCAGGUCCCUGGUUUGACAUGUACCUAAAAGCCCGUGAACCUGUUGUUCUGAAUUUUAAUGCAUUUAUGUCUUUUAAUCCUGAUCCGAAAUCGGAAUACAACGAUCAGCUCACGCGAGCUACGAAUAUGACUGUUUCUGCUUUACGUUUUCUGAAGACCUUCAGGGCUGGUUAUCUUGAACCAGAGGUUUUUCACCUCAAUCCUGAAAAAAGUGACACUCAGAUCUUUAAACAAAUCAUCCGAUUUGUGCCUUCAUCGCUCUCUUGGUUUGGUGCCUACAUGGUCAAUGCGUACCCCCUCGAUAUGUCGCAGUACUUCAGGCUUUUCAACUCUACGCGGCUGCCUAAACUCAGCAGAGAUGAGCUUUAUACGGAUGAAAAGGCAAAACAUUUACUGGUGCUGAGAAACGGGAAUUUUUAUGUCUUUGAUGUUAUCGAUAAAGACGGAAAUACACUGAAACCUUCAGAAAUACAAGCACACUUGAAAUACAUCCUUAGCGACGACAGUCCAGUCCCAGCCUUCCCUCUUGGCUACCUCUCCAGUGAAAACCGAGACACGUGGGCAUCGCUGAGAAAGAAUCUACUGGAUAAUGGCAAUGAAGAAGCUCUUCAGAAAGUGGACUCUGCGGUGUUUUGUUUAAGUUUGGAUGAUUUUCCCAUUAAAGACUUUGUGCACUUGUCCCACACUAUGUUGCACGGAGAUGGUGCUAACCGCUGGUAUGACAAAUCCUUUAAUCUUAUCAUAGCUAAGGAUGGCACUGCAGGAAUUAAUUUUGAACACUCCUGGGGAGAUGGUGUGGCCGUGCUCAGGUUCCAGAAUGAGGUUUUUAAAGAUAGCACCACAGCACCAGCCGUCAGCCCCCAGUCCCAGCCUGCUUCAGUGGACUCUUCUAGAGCAGUGCAGAAACUUGACUUUAAGCUGAAUGAUGCCUUAAAAGCAGGAAUUACCAAAGCCAAGCAGCAGUUUGACGCCACUGUAGAAGCACUGUCUCUUAAUAUGAUGCAGUUCCACGAAGGGGGCAAGGACCUCCUAAAGCAGAAGAAGGUGAGCCCGGAUGCUGUGGCUCAGCUUGCCUUCCAGAUGGCUUUCCUGCGACAGUACAACCAGACUGUUGCUACCUACGAGUCUUGCAGUACUGCAGCUUUCAAGCAUGGCCGUACAGAAACCAUACGUCCUGCCUCGAUCCACACAAAGAGGUGCUCGGAAGCGUUUGUCAGGGAACUGUUCAAACAUAGCACGGAAGAGCUUCAGCAGUUGAUAGUGGAGUGCUCAAAAUACCAUGGCCGUUUGACAAGAGAAGCUGCUAUGGGUCAGGGAUUUGACCGACAUCUCUUCGGCUUGCGCCAUUUAGCCUUGUCCAGAGGUAUUGCACUGCCCGAUUUCUAUCAGGACCAAGCCUAUGCUCGACUUAAUCACAACAUCAUUUCUACCAGCACGUUGGUCAGCCCAGCUGUGCAGCUGGGAGGGUUUGGCCCCGUCGUGUCUGAUGGCUUUGGGGUAGGCUAUCAGGUUCACGAUGAUUGGAUCGGUUGUAAUGUUUCCUCUUACCCAGCUAGGAACGGUAAAGAAUUCCUUCAGUGUGUAUACAAGUCACUAGAAGAUAUCUUCAAUGUUUUAAAGGGCAAGACAAUCAGUAGUUAG